AUGGAUACCACUCUGCUGUCCGAGCACCCUGCAAGCAUGCGCAUCAAUCCAGUUUUCCAACUCGCGCUUCUACUACUCGACCGCUCCACAAUGUGGGCUGCAAGCAGCAGGUUUUUCGGAUUCAGAAAGUCCGUUCCAGGGCGAUCACCCAACGGCAGCAACAGCACUGUCGACUGCGGUGUUUACCACCGCAUUUUGGCAUCUGGAGAUGUUGGCAUCGGGCUUGCACAUUUAAUACUGAUAUUGGUAUUGGCCAAGUUGAAGUUGCGAUCCCCGGCAAAGCUUUGCAAGGCGUUCGGCUUCGUUGCUAGCAUUCAUUCGAACCGUUCAGGAGGACGACCCAUUUCGGCGCAAAUCAAGUCCAUAUGCGGCGCACUUUGGAUCAGUCGUAUCGGAUGGCGAGUCUCACAUGGAAACGCUGGUAUUGGCGGCACUGCCGGUGUCGGAGGAUCUGCCGGUGUUGGUGGCGGCGUGAGUGGAACCGCCGGUGCUAGCGGAAACGCAGGCGCCACUGCAAGUGCCGGCGUGAGCGGAACUGCUGGUGUCGGCGGCAAUGGUGGCGCUAAUGCUGGUGCUAGCGUCGGAAGAGCUGGUGGUGUCGGUGUCGGCGGAGGUGUCGGCGGAUCCACUGGUGUCGGAGGAACCGCGAGUGUCAGUGGCAACGGUGGCGCCAAUGCCGGUGCCGGUGUGGGUGGGACUGCCGGUGUCGGCGGCACACCGGGCGUCGGUGGAAAUGGCGGCGCUAAUGCUGGUGCCAGUGUGGGAGGGGCUGGUGGUGCUGGCGUUGGUGGUGGAGCGACCGGAAAUGCUGACGCUAGCGCGAAGGCCGGUGCGAGCACCAGCGUGGGAGGAGCCGCUGACACUGGCGCUGGUGGGGCUACGACGACUGCGACCGGCAACGGCGGCGUAGAAUUCUGCGUGGAAUUGUGA